AUGCUGGCUGUGCCUGGGAUUUUGAGCGUGGAGGCACUGGGCAAGGGCCCAUGGUGGAAGGCUCCCUUCACGGUGGACUAUGCGCCUCUUCUGCCGGAGGGACCCCUCAAGUUUUUUGCGGUGGUGGCGGUGGGCCACCUGGCGUGGGGGUACCUGGAGUACAAGCGCGUGCAGAACUUCAAUGCGAACGGCCAGACCGGACUGUUUGCUGCCCCCUUUGACCCCAUGGGGUUGCGCAAUGACUACCGCCGCCAGAGCGAGGUGCGCAAUGCUCGGCUGGCAAUGUUGGCUAAUCUGGGAUUCUGGAGCCAGGCGGCAGUCACCGGCAAGGGGCCCCUACAGAACCUCAGCGAUCACCUCGCAGACCCCCUCCACAACAACGUGCUGACACAGGGCAAGGCUGGCUGGUACGUGUUCGGAGGCGUUCUCUUCUUCUCUCUCUUCAUCAAUCUGCUGGGAUUCUCGGCCACCAAGGAAGACGCAAAGCUGCGCACUGUCUUCAGCGAAUUCAAAGUUUGA